CAUGGCAGUUCGGUGUGGGACCAUGUAAAGAAGGAUGCGUGGUUUACAGCGCAAGGUGCGCACUUUUGUCAAAGCGGCGCAGCUUUGGCUCAUGUGCUCCGCUCCGUUUUAGCAUCCAAUGGGCCUGGAGGUCAACUCUAUAAGAACAAGAACAAAAAUGGACCUGGGAGUCUCAAGAGCUUCCGUAAAUCUGACAAUGAAUCAAUAAAUAUAAGUAAGCGUUUGACUGUGGUCAAAUUCUUGAAAAGUGCCCGUCACAAUGCUCGAGGAGGUGCAAGAAGACCCAGUAUCAUAAGCCAUGCAUGUUCUUCUGUCAGAAGUGCUGCAGGAAGUGCCUCUGCGUUCCCCCAGGGUUUUAUGGCAAUAAAGCUGUGUGCCCUUGCUACAACAACUGGAAGACCAAGGAAGGAGGACCCAAAUGUCCUUGAACAAGGAUCUUAA